AUGGCGGACCAACAGACGGACGUAUCGGAGACCAACAACAACUACUACAACAACUACAACGAGAGCGUCAACGUCAAGAAGGUGCCUUCGAUAGAGACGUUGAACAGCGAGAUGCCCGGCAAGGAGAUGCAGCGGGAAAGGGGCAGGAGAAUGUUCAAGAUCAUUUUGAAUAGGUUGAGGUUGAAGAGGAUUACAAAACAAUUUCAAGGCGAGGGAUGCGUGGAGAAACCUCUGACCACCCUGUGGAAGAACUACACGCAAUCCUCCCGUCCCGACGUGCGGAUGCAGCUGACUGUCAGCGGCGGCGGGCUGAAAGCCACCACCAAAGAUCACGGCCUCACCGAGUACUGGGCGCACCGGUUGACCACUUGCUCCGCUCCCCCCCAAUUCCCGAGGAUCUUCUGCUGGGCACUCAACCAUACCCGAGACCAAACUCUAUAUCUGCUCGUAGCUUUGGCCCUGAUGGAGUUCAAAAGGGACAAAAUCUCCCGCCAGAACGCCCGUCUCUCCCUAGUCAAUUCCGUGUACGAGAACCCGACGAUACCGCGCAGGAAAAUCCUGCUCAGCACCGGCUCCCACAACUACAAGCCGCCCCUGGAGCGCUCCAAAUCCGCUCCCAAACUGACCAGCAUCGAGGAGAUCAUCGAAGAAGAGGCUGACGAUCACUGCGACACCUCAGCUAGCAGUCUCUUGGACCGCAGGAAAAGCUACUGCUUCGGUAGCAAGCCGACCUUGGGACAAGAGGAGACCUGGAGGAAGUCCAAAGUGACUUUGGGACAGGAGGGAACGAGGAGGAAGUCCAAAGUGACGUUUAGCGAGGAGCUGACGGCUGACGAGAAGACGAAUACGAUCUUGGAGGAGCUGGUGCAGAGCUCGCUGAGCAGCGAUUUGGUGGAGUCGUGCGAGCGGGCUUGGUUCACGGCGCUGAAUCAGAAGCCCGAUCUGAUACCUCUCGAUAGUGACGAAGGUUCUCUGUCGAGCGGUUGCGAAUCCGCGAGCACAGCCACGUCGGACACGGACCCUAUUUUUCCCUCCACCAUCAACGAAGAGCAAGCGGCACAUCCACCCGAAAAACACCCCAAGCCCAAGCAGCCCGAAUCGGUGGACUUCAAGCUGGGCUGCGCCGUGCUGAAUCGCGUGCGCAGCUUCGAGAAGAUCGCCAAUCCGGACCUGCUCAAGUGCUGCGGCAUGAGCAACAAAAAGGGCUUAGUGGAGCACGACGAGGUGUCUCUGGUGCCUGUGGGAGAGAGUCCCUCGGAUUUCAGUUCGCUCAAGUUCGACGCCCACUAUCUUCCCAUCAAAUCUUACUAG